UUGUUAAUGUGAACAAAUUUUUAUUGGCUAUUUCACCUUCAGUGCUACAGGACUAAUUAUGCUGUCUUUGAGGAAGCACGCAGCUGGACAGAUGGUGACUUCCUGUGAUCGUGGACCUCUGACCGCUGAUGUUGAUUUUUCUCUCACACCGUCUUCACUGAAGACCCAGCAGAAUGUCAAACGUUGUAGACCGGCAGGUGGUUCUCCGCACCACUAAGGUUCGAACAGCCCUGAAGAAGGAUGGCAGCUGGAUUCGCCGCAGCAUUGACCAACAGGAAGACACGCAACCACACGCCUCACCCUACAAACCUACUCACUCAAGCCCCACCCCCAAGAAACCUUCUCAGCUGAGCACCUCCCCUCCAAAGCCUGAGACUACUCAGUCAAGCCCCGCCCACCAGAAACCUGCUCAGCCAACCAUCUCCCCUCCAAAGCCUGAACCUACUCAGUCAAGCCCCACCCCCGAGAAACCUGCUCAGCUGACCGCCUCCCCUCCAACACCUGAGCCUACUCAAUCAAGCCCCACCACCCAGAAACCUGCUCAGCCAACCAUCUCCCCUCCAAAGCCUGAACCUACUCAGUCAAGUCCCGCCCCUGAGAAACUUGCUCAGCCAAGCACCCCACCUCCAAAGCCUGAACCUACUCAGUCAAGCCCCACCCCCCAGAUGCCCACCUCUCUCCAGGACACGCCCACCUCUUCAGAGUCUAAAGGAAGACCUGGCCGCUCCUAUGUGCUCUCAGCGCUAAGGAAGUUUGAGCCUGAGGCCAGAUCCAACACUGCAGUUAAGUCACCUGUGAAAGCACCUGCAGUAGAAAUAACUGCAGUUAUGACACCCAUAAUAGAAACACCUGCAAUCAAGGCACCUCCUGUAGAAUCCUCAACACCAGAAACACCAGCCAUACAAAAACCUGCAGUGAAAUCACCUGAAGUAAAAACUCCACCAGUAAAAGCUCCUGCAACAGCAAAGGCACCUGUGGUGGAAACUCCUGCAGCAAAGGCACCUGUGGUGGAAACACCAGCAGCAAAGGCACCUGUGGUGGAAACUCUUGCAGCAAAGGCACCUGUGGUAGAAACCCCUGCAGCAAAGGCACCUGUAGUAGAAACCCCUGCAGCAAAGGCACCUGUAGUAGAAACUCCUGCAGCAAAGUCACCUGUGGUAGAAACUCCUGCAGCAAAGGCACCUGUGGUGGAAACUCCUGCAGCAAAGGCACCUGUGGUAGAAACUCCUGCAGCAAAGGCACCUGUGGGAGAAACCCCUUCAACAAAGACACCUGUGGUAGAAACUCCUGCAGCAAAGGCACCAGUGGCAGAAACUCCUGCAGCAAAGGCACCAGUGGCAGAAACUCCUGCAGCAAAGUCACCUGUGGUGGAAACUCCUGCAGCAAAGGCACCAGUGGUAAAAACCCCUUCAACAAAGGCACCUGUGGUAGAAACACCUGCAGCAAAGACACCUGUGGUAGAAACACCUACAGCAAAGGCACAUGUGAUAGAAACCCCUGUGGCAAAGGCACCUGUGGUAGAAACAUCUGCAGCAAAGGCAUUUGUUGCAGAAGCACCUAUGGCAAAGGCACCUGUGGCAGAGAUACUUCCGGCAAAGGCACCUGUGGCAAAUGCACCUGUGGUGGAAACUCCUGCAGCAAAUGUACCUGUUGCAGAAGCACCUGUGUCGAAGGCACCUGUGGUAGAAACACCUGUGUCAAAGGCACCUGUGGUAGAAACAUCUGCAGCAAGGGCACCUGUGGCAGAUGCACCUGUGGCAAAGGCACCUGUGGUAGAAACAUCUGCAGCAAAGGUAUUUGUUGCAGAAGCACCUAUGGCAAAGGCACCUGUGGCAGAGAUACUUCCGGCAAAGGCACCUGUGGCAAAGGCACCUGUGGUAGAAAUACCUCCGGCAAAGGCAUCUGUAGUAGAAAUAACUUCAGUAAAGGCACCUGAAGUAAAAGUAAAGGAACAUGUCAUAGAAACACCUGCUGUUAAAGGCAAACAACCUGCAGUAGAAUUGUCCACACAAGUGAGUGAACCUGCUUCCCAGCCUUCAGCAUCAGAACCAAGAGAAGAACUGCAGUCUAAAUCAGGACCAGCUGUUGCAGCACAAAACCAAGCAGAGGGCGUCAGCAAACCUCAAACUACGGCUUAUGGGAAGUUGCUGUGCUCGUUCUGUUCUCAGCCUAUUGAUGGUAAUGUGAAAAUCUCUCUGAACGUUCCUCAGAUCUGCUGCCACCCUGAAUGCUUUAAGUGCAGGAAGUGUGGAAAGCCACUGGGUGACCUGCUGUUCUCCAUGUUCCACCACUGUGGGAACAUCUACUGCGAGAGCUGCUUCGACACCAUCUUCCACAGCCGAUAACACGUCACCAUGGCAACCGGCUUUUCCCCAGGACCCACAGCAACACUUCAAAGGUUCUUUAAUAAAGCUAAUGGUUCUAUAUAGAACUGUAAACAACAAGCCGUUAAUAUGAUUAAAUGGAUCUCUGCGUGGUGAAAUGGUUCUUCAGAUUGAUGGAUAAUAUUUUUUAUGUGGUUCUACACAGAACAAAAAAGAGUUCUGCUACUAUGCACAAGCUUCACAUCAUGACAACAGCAGAACCUCACUUAGUGCUGUAUAGAACCAUAUACAGCACAUUCUCCAUCAAUCUGAAGAACC